AUGUUGCAAUGGCAGUCUUUGUAAUGUUGUUUGUAAAAAGAAAAAAAAAGGAUUUAAUUAUUUACUUAUUUAAGCUGUGUUUAAAAAGGCUUUGCACUAUUUUAAUCAUUUUCAGCUUAUUGCAGAACAUCUGGAACAUUCCCACCAGUGUAAACUCGCACUCUUCAGAGAAAUUAUGCAACAUUAACAAAAUAAUGAAUAAACGAGAUGAGGACCCAUUACACGGUUGAUUGAAUAUCCGUAUAAGCUAUAAUAUCUUGAAUUAAAAUGAUGAUGCAUAAUAUGCUUAUAAUUAUAAUUUUACACUUUAUUUAAAGGUAUGAUGUAUUUACAAACGCGUUAAAAAAUAACUUUUUUAUUGAUUUAAAGUCUAUUUCUUAAUUCUUGUGCAAAUUGUCACAAAACUCCAAAAGGCUGCAUUUUGCAAAUUGAUCAACAAGAUCAGUUUUUGAAAACCAAAACAUGCAUCUUGCAGACAGUAAUAUCGAAAAAAAAAAAAAAAAAAAACAUUAAAAAAGUGCAGUUCACACAGUAAUAAGAGAAACUCAGCUUGAUCUAAUCUUGGCUCUAUUUUCCCUUCCCAUCAGCUGUUUUUUCCCCCCCAUCAGCUGUGUUACGACUUUGAAAUGGUCCGAAAACAACCCACGUGUCCCAAAUCACGCUGUAUACACUACAUAGUGCACUAUUUCAAAAAAGUUUUCUUUUUUCUUUUUUUUUCUUAAGCGUUGGAAAGCUUAGUGGAUAAAAAAUAAAAUCCCACACAGAUGUACAGUGUUGCAAACGAUGUGCCCUAACUAGUAAAGAUUAAACAUAGCGCACUUUGUAUUUGUAGGGAAUAGGGAGGCACCAUUUCGGACACGCAUACGUGUUGUGCUGAAUUUGUUCUCCUGAAAGAAUCCGAGUCCUUCAGCGCUGAUUGGAUCGGUUCGUGAGAUCCCGCCUACUUGUAUUGCAAUUGGGUUAGAAUCCUCACGAAGCGAAUUUGAUUGGCUGGCUGGCAGUACGUCUGGCGAAUCCGUGCGUGGGAGGGCGUAUUUCGUGUUGGUGUGAUUUCUGUGCACCACGUGGUUUCUCUGACUAUAGGACCUGCUCUGGCCGAAACACCUAAAGAGGUUCGCUGACGGAGAGAGAGAAUCAUGUCGCAGGUGUUGCCUUACGAGGAAAAUAUAAGUCGGUACGGUAACGAUGGAGACGAGGAGCAAAUGUCUCUCACCUGCCGCCUGCACAACACCAACAACUUCUUCAGCUCCACACAGAAUAAAAGACCUCCAAAACUCGGACAGAUUGGACGAAGCAAACGAGUCGUCAUAGAAGAUGACAGACUUGACGAGGUGCUCCAAAACACGACGGAGAAGUCACCGACGAAAGUGUAAAAGAAAAAAAGGACGUUUUUUUUUUCAUGUUAGAAACGCUCACCCCUGCGUGAAACAGCACUUCUUUGGUGCUAUGCAGUAUGGGUUGAAUUUCACAGCACAGCACAUGAGAUGAGGAGAGCAGCACCGGUGCAGGCUCUCACACGGAGAACGCUAACGUCUGACCCACUGAUUCCUCCCGAGGGCAUGUUUUUGAUCACCCACCCCCCAGUUUAUGAGUUGAGAUCACUCUAAUAUUACUACUUGUUAAUCCUUAGUGGUGAAGGUACCGUUGUAUUGUGAGAAUGCAUUGAUUAUUAAUAAGCACAAAAUCACAGACUAAUGGUAACUGUUAUAUUAUGUUUUUCCUGGGUUUUUUUGUUUUUUUUUUCCCUCUCACUCUCUCUUUGUUUUUUCAUUCUGUAUCUGAACAUCUUGUGCACAAUGGAACUGUGAAUGACUUCAGUGAUGUGUCUUUCAUUUUAAGGAAAUCUAUUAUUAUUAUUAUUAUUAUUAUUAUUAUUAUUGUUAUUAUUCUACAUUUUUGCAGCACUAAAAGACUGAGCAAACAUUUCUAUAAACUGAUGACAGUUGUUUUUUUUUUAUUAACUUUUUGAUGUUGCUAAUCGUAACACUUAUUGUUGCUGAACUGCCUGAGCAGCGUAAAAAGUGAAUCGCUAACUUUUGUACAGAGAAACAGUUUGUAAAACUGGCUUAUUUGCAGCUGUAGUUCUAGCACUUUCAGACGUGGUCGCCACUCUCUGCUGUACAGGAUAUUUAUGAUCACAAUUUGUGCCAAAUCUUGUAAAAGUAUGCCAGUCGAGCUUUGUCGCUGUGCUUUGUGCUCUGCGUACUGUGAAAUUCCGCGAGCCUGGCCGUCCUGUCCGUUUUUCAGGGCUUUUCUAACUGCUUUUUGCAUGAGACGGGCUGAAGUGCCUCGCUGUGUGGCGGUGAAACUGGUGUACUCGCAGUAACUUUUGGAAUGACAGACCUCAAAACUCCUGAAUAUUACAUAUAGUAAAUGUUGCACUUCUUACCGUUUAACAGGGCUACGUUGAUCAUGGAAAGUAUGACCAUCAAAAUGUGAAUACACAAUAAAAAAUCAA